CAAGAUUUUUUAUAAAAUAAAACGUUAGACCUUUAUACAAUUCAUCACAAAAAUGCCAGCAAAGGCAUGACAUCAAAUCAAUUGAUUAACCAUAUAUAUAAGCAAGUUAAUCAGCUGAGCUUUUCAUUGCCGUCAUCUUUCUUCAUCUCCACAAAUGAAGAGACCAGCAGAACUUGUGUUCAUCCCAGCCGCAGGGAUUGGCCAUGUUGUGUCCACAAUUGAGACAGCAAAGCUCUUAGUUUCUCGUGAUGACCAUCUCUUCAUCACACUUCUCAUCAUGAAACGACCCUUUGACAAACUCUUCACAAACACGGACGAUGAUGAUAAGGGUUGGGAUAUCCUGAGUUGGCUUGAUGAUCAACAACCAUUGUCCGUAGUUUUCCUCUGCUUUGGGAGCAUGGGAAGCUUCGGUGAGGCCCAAGUGAAAGAGAUAGCAUGUGCGCUAGAGCACACUGGGCUCCGGUUCUUGUGGUCCCUACGCCAGCCCCCACCGAAGGGUAAGAUGGCUAUGCCAAGUGAUUAUGCGGAUCCUAGUGGAGUCUUACCCGAAGGGUUUCUUGAUCGAACGGCUAAGAUUGGGAAAGUCAUAGGGUGGGCCCCACAAGUGGACAUUUUGGCCCACUCGUCAAUCGGAGGGUUUGUAUCCCAUUGUGGAUGGAAUUCCACGCUGGAGAGUAUGUGGUAUGGUGUUCCCGUGGCGACGUGGCCAAUGUAUGCGGAGCAACAAACAAACGCAUUUCAGCUGGUAAAGGAAUUGGGAUUGGCUGUGGAGAUCAAAAUGAAGGACAGUGAGGUGGUUGUGAGUGCACAGGAAAUAGAGAGAGGAAUAACACAAGUGAUGGAGCAUGAUAGUGUUAUAAGGAAGAGGGUGAAGGAAAUGAGUGAAAAGGGCAAAAAAUCCAAGAUGAAUGGUGGAUCCUCAUACUCUUCAUUGGAUCAUUUUAUUGAUCAGAUUUAACAUUUGAUUCAUCAAAGCUUAAAAUCAUUUGUA